CAGUGGCCAAAGACAACAUCAGCAAGCAACAAUGAAGUUUCUGGUGCUUGCACUCUUAGUGGCUUUUGCUUGCGCUUCUGAGAUAGAGAAGCGAGAGGCGGAACCAAGUUAUGGAGGAUAUGGCCACAUAAGCUACCAUCAUCGUCCUUCCUAUGGAUAUGGCUAUUCUAAUCACAAUCAUAAACGAUCUGCUGAUCCUGAACCUGAGGCUGAACCUUCCAAUGGCUAUGGCUCUUCUUAUGGGUAUCGGCCAGUCGCCUAUGGCUACUCUCACCGCUAUUACAAGAGGUCUGCUGAUCCUGAGCCAGAAACUGAUCAUUCCUAUGGCUCUUCUUAUGGGUAUCGCCCAGUCGCUUACGGCUACUCUCAGCGUUAUCACAAGAGGUCUGCUGAUCCUGAGCCAGAAGCUGAUCAUACCUAUGGCUCCUCUUAUGGGUAUCGGCCAGUCGCCUAUGGCUACUCUCACCGCUAUCACAAGAGAUCUGCUGAUCCUGAGCCAGAAGCUGAUCAUUCCUAUGGCUCCUCUUAUGGGAAUCGACCAGUCGCCUAUGGCUACUCUCACCGCUAUCACAAGAGAUCUGCUGAUCCUGAGCCAGAAGCUGAUCAUUCCUAUGGCUCUUCUUAUGGGUAUCGCCCAGUCACCUAUGGCUACUCUCACCACUAUCACAAAAGAUCUGCUGAUCCUGAGCCAGAAGCUGAUCAUUCCUAUGGCUCCUAUUCUGGGUAUCGGCCAGUCGCCUAUGGCUACUCUCACCGCUAUCACAAGAGAUCUGCUGAUCCUGAGCCAGAACCUGAUCAUUCCUAUGGCUCUUCUUAUAUGUAUCAGCCAGUCGCCUAUGGCUACUCUCACCGCUAUCACAAGAGGUCUGCUCAUCCUGAGCCAGAAGCUGAACCUUCGUAUGUAUAUGGCCACUCAUAUGGUUACCCCAGAUACCGCCCAGUAAUUUACGGAUAAGGACAUCAUCAGCAUAACAGGUAUAUCCUAAUAGCCAAAGAGGAGGACACAGAUGACUUUAGCUAGCAAUAGAUAUUUAUUUGUUGUUAGUUCUUGAAUGUUCUUCAACUCCGACAAAACAAUAAAGUAUUAACACUA